GAGGUGUGAAGUUAUAUUUUGAGAAGUGAGUACGUUGAUUAUUAGUUGCUUUUGAAAAUGCAAGUAUCGAAAGAAGUAUUAGAAGGCAUUUCUUUACUUGGAGAUGUAACUGUGUUUCAAGAUGACGUAUUUAAGCAGCUAUUGGAUUUAGUUUUUGAGGAGGUAUUUACGCCACUUGCAUGCUCAAAACUGCUCAGUGUACCUGUAGUUAGUCCAAUGGUUUUGAAAAAGGCUCACGCUGCAGUUGUAACAUUUGCUUUUGAUGCAGCAAAAUGGAACGCGGAUAACUUAAGUAUAACUUCAAUUCUUGAAGACUGUAAACUUGAUUCAGACAGAAUAUCUAAUUUUCUUACUUUAUAUGAUAAAAAUAAAACUAAAAUGCAGUCGCAUCUCAGCAAUGUAGGAAGUUAUCGUCCUCAUAUAGUGGAUGUGGAUUGGACAGAACAUUACGUAAUUAAAAGCAGUAAUUUGGAAAGAAUAAGUCUUCCUAGUUACAUUAUUUCUUUAAAAACUGAAUCAUUAGGCCAAGAUGGGUCUUCUAAUUCCGAUAGCACGCAAUUCGUAUGUACAUUGGAACAACUUCAAGACUUGGUUGGACAGCUAAAAGAUGCUGUGAAGUCUUUAGAGAGAAUAAGCCAAGGACAAUAAAACUGACAAAGAAAUGUUUGUCAUUACUUUGUACCUCAUCAUAAAAACAAAGAUUACUGUAUUUUAGAAAGUAACUAAUGACAUGUAACUAUGAUUAGGAACCAGUCAUGAAUUUUUGAACAAGGUUAUGAAAUGCAAGCAAAUGAAGUUGCAUGCCAGUGUGACAAACUUAACACCAGUAAUAUAAGUAAUAGUAACAGGUUAGCUACAUAUGUCAUAGUUAAGUUUUUUAUUCUAAACCAAGAGGAAAAGUAUUUCUUUGUGUUGCAGAUUUGUUUCCAUUGGUACAGUUAUAAGAUUUUGGAAAGUAUGUUAUACCAUUUUUUAACCAAUCGCAGGCUAUAUUUUGCAGUAUCCUAAACAAUUUUAUGAUAACUUGUCAUGUUACAUUGAUAAUUAAUUUGCAGAUUUUUAUGCACACGUUUCUGUGACAAAAAUAUUGUAAUGCAAAUUAUUUUUUUAUUUCUGAUAUCACUUUUCAGUAUGAUGUUUAAUUUUCUAUUAUAAAUGUAGUAUACUAAUCAGUAAUAAUGAAUAGAUAAAUUUGUUUCCUGGAAAAUUUUUCUUUAGGAAGGGAUAGGUAAGUUAUUUGUAUUUACCAUAUAAUCACCAUAAUGAAAUUCAGUUCAAAAUAGUAUAUGCCAAACUUAAGUACAGGAAUAAAUCUGUAAGUAGUAACUAGAAACCAAAAUUUUCUCCUAUUCAUCUUUUUAAAACUCUUUAAUAUACUUGCUUAUUUCUUUAGCUUUCAUUAUUUUAUAAAUCUAUUCUUGUCCAUCCAUAUUUCUUUUUAGUCUAUUCAAAGGUUUGUUUAUUGUAUGCCUAUCUUCACAUCUCCAGAUGUAUUCUGUAAGCUCUUCUUCGUUCCUGCAUCUUCUACAUUUUUGUUCUUCCAGCACACUUAUUAGUAAAUUUUUUGUAUUAUAGAUUUUCUGAUUUUUAUUAAAUGCUAUUGAAAGAUGCUGUGAAAGGUAGUAAGAAAAGUUUUUUUUAUAUAAUUUAAAGAUCCCUUGUGCACGUGUCCUUUGAAAAUAGAUGAUGUUACAGAUUUUAUUUUAAUAUGAGAGAGAGAAUUACUAUUUCCUUUCUUAUUGCAUUAGACAUAUCUAGUUGUUUAUAAUCAACAUGUUUUUGUAGAUUUAUGUUGUGAAAUGAAUAUGUGUAAUUUUGUAGUACCACCAUAAGCAGAGAACUUUAACAAACUAUUGCUUGGAUUGGUUUUUAGCAGUGUUUGGUAGAUUUGCUAUUUCUCCUCUGAUUAGUCUUGAAUAUAUAUAUAUAAAUAGCUCGAUAGAUAGAUACAUUGGUAAGUGUAUAGUAACUGAGCAAUUUAUAUUUUGCUCUAAAAUUAUCUAGCUCAAAGGUAAGGAUAAUAUAUGAUGCACAAAAAUGUGUGAAAAAGAUAAAUGUAAAUGGUUUAUUAGACUACACUGUUUUAUUGAGUGUUAUAUAAGUAAAACCUAUUAACCACUUGGUGGUUUAGUACCACAUUUCCUAGGCUCGUCUUUCUUUCUAAGAAGUUAAUAGAGACAUUCAGAAUAUCUUAAGAAAUAUUUGAUAACUAGAGCUACACAGGUCAUUGCCAGAGGGGUAAGACAAAUUUUGUACUUGAUAGAAAUAGUAACAGUUGAAUUGUUUAGUUAAUAUAUUUUGUUUUUCCUUUGUAUUUAAGUACAAAGCUACAUAAUGGGCUGUCUGUGCUGUGCCCACCAAGGGUGUCGAAAUCCAGUUUUUAGUGUUAUAAGUCUGCAGUCUUACUGGUGAGCUGCAGGGGAGUUAGUUAAUAUGUAAAUUAGUCUUGAUUUGUCCAGUGAUUUCUGUCUUGUGAUUUAUUUGACCUCAUGAUUUGAAGUAUAUAAAUAUUUGAUUCAAGACUA